AUGGAACCUUGUCCAGGUGAGAACAAACAAAUAAAAGAUAUUCAUUCUGGUAACCCAUUACGUUUAUUUCUUAAUAACUAUAGCCAAACUUUGCUUUGUUAUACUUUAAUUGAAAUUGGUGAUGGUACCAAAAGACGAUAAAGGUAAAUCUAAGUAGUUCGAAAUUUUUGAAAGCGCCUAAAAAUAACGCGUUCUUAGUUGGGUUAAUAUUGUAAUACACUCUUUCGAUAAUUAUGUCACGAAUCCUUUCUUGGCCUCGGAGCCUCGCCCUCAUGAAUCAGGACGGAAAGUACGGGUGCACCGAAACUCGGCUAGUUCCGGCCAGAACCCUAUUUUUUAUUAUGCGGCUUCUAAAAAUUGUUAAAGGAUAUGGCAAUAAAAAUCUACUUUGUCUUAUUUGAAAGAACUUUUAAAGUUAUAUAUGAAGACCCUUUACAACUUUUUCGUAUCUUGCUUAGUUUUCGAAAUAUUUUAACCAAAAACAGUGUGCAGUCCGCCAUCUUGGUAUUAUAAUUGACCUAAAUAACUGAGUUUCUGCUGACGUGACAAGCAGGGUUAACUUGUUAAAACGUCUUCAUGUGGGACUAAAUUCCUUCGAAAAGAUUCUUAAAAUGUUGUGGGUUGAUUGAGUACUAAAAAGAGUUGAAAAUUGUAUUUAAACUGCAAUAUUUAACUAUUAUUUUGUGUUUCUCAACCCAGAGACUCAAACGCAGUUUGCUAACCGUGCAAACUACGAAAUAAAGCUAAACCAAAUUCAUUUUGAGAGAAAGCCAAAAUGAUUUUAGAUUUUGAACACUUUUCAUCGCAAAUACGGAACAAUGAAAAAAAAUUGCUUCUUUGUAUUGGCGCGACAAAGCGGAAGGUGUCAGAAAGAAAUGAAUAUCCAUUCAAAUGAAAUUUGUUUUUUAAUUUCAGCUCACACCGACUCCCUGACAGUUGGUGUCACUGCUGCUGCUUUUGUGAUCGUUGUAGCACUUGUCUGUUUUAUUUUCAUUCUUAGAAGACGUCGAAAAAAAGGUGAGAUCAAGUUUGAAUUUGAUUUUUAGUCUUUCUACAACAUCUUCAUUUUGAAAUUUGAAUUCUCCAGACUCUUCUUAUUACGCCCGUUUGCAUAUUUUACUGCAACAUUCCCGCGGUCAUCAACAGUUGGAAGGCAACAUUACUUCACAAGAAGUCGCGAGUUUAUCACAAGAGACUGGCACUAGUGUUCAAUAUGAAAACCUGACAGCUGAUGGUGACCCAGUUCCAGGCCUCUCGCGUGGUGUCGUGCUCUACCGAGAUUACAUGAACACAAGACCCGCGCGAAAUUCAUGGUAUGAUAGACUUCAGUUAAUUCGGCCAUUAGCUAUGGAGUGGCUUCGUAACGCUUGGGGGAAUGUUGACAACUUUGGCCGCCAUGUUUAUGACGUCAUGCAACGCGUCAGACAUGUUCCUUCACCAUACGACAAGUUGGGCAGCAUAACGCAAGGUGACUCGUCCGGAAGUGGAAUGGAGACAAGUGGCAGUACUUAUGGCACAAUGGAAAGACCCGCAGCAAUUAUAUUGCCUUCUGGAAGUGAGAAUGCAUCAACGACAGAAAAUGUUUAA